AUGGCCGCGACCGAGACCGUCAUGGAGGUGCGGGAAACCUCUCCCGUAUAUGGCUCCAUGGGGAAGGUAGGGGAAGCACCCAAGAGCUCCAUGCGUCACCUGACGUACGCAACUGCCGCGACGCCGAGCAUGGUCGACGGCGCAUGGAAGGAUGGAAUGGACAAGUUCGAUGAUGAGCGCAACGUCGUCAUGGAAGAAGCGGUGGGGGCCGAUAUAGCGUUCAAGGAGAACAACACGCCACUCAAGAGCUCGGUGAACCAGAGCAAAGGGAAGAAGCGCGCCGCGGCCGCCCCGUCUCCGUCGUCGGCAACGAAGAAGGGACGAUCAGCCAUCAAGGUCCAGACGCAAUUCUUCCAAGCCCGCAGCGCUGGUCCUGAGAUGCUCCAUGCAGUGGGUCGCCAGCGCUAG